AUGUACAGUGGGCAAGUUUCAUCUCUUAAGCCCAGAAUUCUGCCUUCUGAUCUUCUCUCCUUCGUUCAAAACCCUUCCAAAGCCCUAAAUUACGGCGGAGGAAACUUCGGCAAACAACAGAAUACGGCGGAGCUUGCUUGCUGCUUUAGGGUUGAGUCAAUGGAGGGAUUGAAGCCGGGGCCGGCGAAUUUUCUGGUCUACAUACACCCAUCCAAGUCCAAAAUUAUUUCCGAUGCAAUUUUGGUUGAACUCAACUCUUUACUCUUCAAGUUCAGUGAAACCUUUGAUGGAGUUGUACUGGCUUAUGAGCCAAAUGUGCAAAGCUAUUUAGCGAUGAUUUUGCCCGGUUUACAUCCUUAUCUGGGGGUGAGUAUACAGUCAGAACUGUUACUUUUUCAUCCAAAACCAGAUAUGCUCGUAGAGGGAGAAGUAGUAAAAGUCACUGAAUCAUCUAUCCAUCUUAUUGUUCUUGGUUUCUCGUCAGCUAUUAUAAUGGAUUCAGACAUUCGCGAAGAAUUUUGUUUUGAUGAAGAGAUAAUUCACAUAUCUGGAUCGCUGCUUCCUGCUCAUACUGGAUGUGUCAAAUGGUUGGAAAAACAUGUUGAAGAACUGUCACAAUCCAAAAGUAACACUAAGAAAAGAAAAGCAAUCAAAGAAACGGGUGAAGUUUAUGCAGUGGAUAAAGUUGCAACUGAUGGUGGAAAAGUGCCGGUGGAAGUUUAG